GUGCUCGCGGGGCAAGCCACGUUGAACGUCGUGCCGUGUUACGCACGCUCGCGCUGUCUUCUGCACACUUCCACCAGCUCACGAAGAUCGCCUCACCGUGAUUUCGCUCGAGCAUGGGAAGCAUCUGCCGCGCGGAGGCCGUACGAUGACCGAACACACCGGCUGAGCUUCGAAGAAGGACAGCGGCCAUGCCUCGAGGACGUCCGGUCUCGACCUCCUGAUCCUCAAUCAGCAGACUCGAGACCAAAGACCGAGCGGGGCCGAAGACACGCGCGCAGACGGAGGAGGCCAGUAUCGAGCGGUAGCAUCGGACAAUAGUGCGGACAGAGAAGGUCUGGCGUGAUUUAACGAGGAGGUAUGCCAGCGCGACCUCCGAGCCCGACUUCCCGGUACGUGAGUCAGGAUCUCAGGAAUCGGCAGCAGCCGCAGCCGCAGCAGCAGCAGCACCACCAUCAGCCGCCGCCGCCGCCGCCGCCGCCGCCGCCAUCGCGAGGAUGAGCGCAAAGAUAUCCCUGGCUGCGCCGAACACGGCGCAGUCAGCGGUGAACCAUCGUGGUAAAGCAUCGUCGGGGCUGUUGCUCGCCGGGAAGUCUGUCAAGAGACCGUCGUCGAUGACCGUAGAGGUGACUGGCACCGAGGAGAGACCCGUCAAACGAGCCGCCGUCCCAGAACUGGAAGCAUCGUCGAACUCGUCGCGACCGAGCACAUUGUUGGAGCGAGACACCACCAUGCCAGCCUUGACGCGCGUCUGCACUACUGCCACUCUGCCGAGGAUCAAGAGAUUCAAGUUCGCCUCGAUCGCGUACGCGUCGGGGUCGCGUCUCGAUAUAACCGGGGCUGACGUCAAGCAGCCGGCGGUGGCGGCGGCGGCGGCCCAUCCCCAGCGUGAAGCUCGUCAACAGGAACAGUGCUCGUCGUCGUCAACAAUGUCGACAUUGGUGUGCUGCGAGCCGGUCACCGCGGGACGGUCCCGCGACAACCUGAAGCUCGUUCUGAAUCGUAGCCUCAGCGAGCCAGGCCCGCCGGCCGGCACGAGCAGCUUCCUGUCGUCGCCGACCUCGGGCACCGUGUCGCCCAGCUCGUCGACGAGCAGCGGCGUGGACAUCGUGGACGCCGCGGACAGCGCGAACUGCAGCCUGAACGCUAGCGGCAGCAGCAUCAGCGGCUGCAGCACGACCAGCAGCAGCGGGACCGACUGCGACCUGCCGUUGGUCGACGUGCACCACCGUCACUACCAUCUGCACCAUCACCACUUCCAUCAGCACCAGUUGUCCGCCUCGAAACGCUGCAAGCUGGAGACCGUCAGCCUGCCCGCGAGCCCCUGCAACGACAACAACACGCUGCAGAGGCAGCUCGUGCUGCAGCGCACCAGGACGAUCACCGCGGACGACCUGGCGCAGCGUCUGCUAGGUCGCCGUCAGACCGACGGCCACCCGACCGUGUUGCUCGACUGCCGACCCUUCAUCCUCUACAAUGUGAACCAUGUGAGGGGCGCGAUCAACGUGAACUGCUCGGACCGGUUCAAUCGGCGCAGGCUGCAGCUCGGCAAGGCUACCCUCGCUGACUUAGCUACCACCAGGGAAGGCAAGGAACUGCUGCGGAAACGACACUACAGGGAGGUGGUCGUCUACGACGACUGCACCGAUGACGUGGACCGGUUGCCCGUGCAGCAUCCCCUAUUCCUCGUGCUGGUCGCGCUGCUCGAGGACAACCGGGAGCCAGCUCUUCUUCUCGGUGGACACAAAGAGUUCCACAGGCGGCACAGGGAUCUCUGCGAGGACACGUUGCUCCCAUCAAACGGGGCCGGUCCAUCAGCGGUCAGCGGUUGCCCUAGUCCCGGACCUGGUUGCCCAGUGUUGAGCCUAUCCGGACCGCCGACUCCCCAACCCGCGGACAUCGACAGCCACCCGGCGUCCCGUGUCCUACCCUUCUUGUACCUAGGCAACGGCCGGGACGCUGCCGAUCUCCAGCUCCUGCGCGCGCUAGGCGCCACCAGAGUCCUGAACGUCACUUCGCAGUUGCCCGGUUACCAUGAAGAAAGGGGCAUCACCUACAGACAGAUUCCUGCGUCGGACUCCGGCCACCAGAACCUCAAGCAAUACUUCGAGGAGGCCUUCGAGUUCAUCGAGGAAGCCCGGAAAGCCGGUAGCAGCGUGCUGGUCCACUGCCAAGCCGGUGUGUCCCGCAGCGCGACGAUCGCGAUCGCGUACAUAAUGCGGCACAAGGGUCUGUCGAUGGUAGAGGCGUACAAGCUGGUGAAGAACGCACGACCGAUCAUCAGCCCGAACCUGAACUUCAUGGGCCAGUUGCUGGAGCUGGAGCAGGGGUUGAGGGCGUCCGGUGGUGUGGCGUCUGCCCCGGAGGAGCCUAAGGGUUGCCACCAGUGCCGCUGGUCUCAUCAGCAGAACAGCGAGGAGGUGACGUCCGGCUGCAGCGUUUGAGGCAGAUGAACCAGUCCCGGAUCGGCUGGGAACCUCGCUGCUUCCUCUCGCGCCCUGUCGCGCCGCAGCAGGCAAAAUGGCCGACGAUCGCGAGCCAGCCGACCGGUGUCGAUCGAAACUCUGAUACAUAUCCUGUAUAUCCGCGCGAAGUGCGUCCUUUCUGUCGCGAACGACAGCUACGACGACAACGAAGAAGAAGAAGAAGAAGAAGAAGAAGGAAAAGAAGAAAGAAGAGGAACUCGGAUUUAUAAUAAUCGCUACUAUUAAAACACGUGCCUUGGCGAUCGCCGAACCCCGACUGAGGGGCAAAGCGGAUUUCAUACGCAGAGAGACGAAUUUCUGUUCGAACGCCGGAUAACUCGUUUCCGGGUAACAGCGAAACGACAGGGGAGCCCGUUUGGUCGACCGGGGACCGCAGAUUCGAACGCGGCGACGAAUAUCUUAUCGUUGGUACGCGGUUAUAUUAUUUUUUUUUCCCUUUGCUUCGGUUUGGCGGGACCGACGCGCGCUGAACAGUCGCGGG